GUCCCGUCCAUCGCUAUGGAGCUGCUGCUGCUGCUGCUGUUGGCAAUGGGGGUCCUGCCCCCCCCGGCUGCCCCACAGCAGAGGUUCAGCCCCGAGGCCUGGCUGCAGCAGUACGGGUACCUGCCCCCCGGUGACCUCCGUGCUCAGGCUCAGCGCUCCCCCCACUCCCUGGCAGCUGCAUUCGCUGCCAUGCAGAGGCUCUAUGGGCUGAAGGUCACCGCGCGCGCCGACCCCGACACCAUCCGGGCCAUGCGCAGACCCCGCUGUGGGGUCCCCGACAAGUUCGGCCCCGAGCUCAAGGCCAACGUGAGGCGCAGGAGGUUUGCCAUACAGGGCAUGAGGUGGGAGCAGCAGGAGAUCACUUACAGUAUCCAGAACUACACCCCCAAGAUCGGCGAGCGCGGCACCCUGACCUCCAUCCGCCGCGCGUUUAGCGCCUGGGCCGCGGCCGCCCCGCUGCGCUUCCGCGAGGUUCCCUAUGGCGCCAUCCGCGCCGGCCUCGCGCCCCUCGCGGACAUCAUGGUGCUGUUCGCGGAGGGGUUCCAUGGCGACAGCACCCCCUUCGAUGGGCAGGGGGGGUUCCUGGCGCACGCGUACUUCCCCGGGCCCCACAUAGGGGGGGAUACGCACUUCGAUGGGGCCGAGCCGUGGACGGAUCGGAAUGAGGAGCUGAGUGGCAACGACCUGUUCCUGGUGGCCGUGCAUGAACUGGGGCACGCUCUGGGGCUGGAGCACUCCAGUGACCCCUCGGCCAUCAUGGCCCCAUUCUACCAAUGGAUGGACACCGAAGGCUUCACCCUACCCGAGGACGACCGCAGGGGCAUCCAGCAGCUCUACGGGACAGGACCAGGUCCCAGUUGGCCCCCAGUGGUGCCCAGGAGCACAGAGAAGCCCCAUAGACCCCCAGGGCCUCCCUAUGGUCCCGAUAUCUGUGAUGGCAACUUCGACACCAUUGCCAUGCUCAGGGGGGAGAUGUUCGUGUUCAAGGAGCGCUGGUUCUGGCGGGUCCGGGACCGCCGGGUGCUGGACGGUUACCCACUGCCCAUUGGCCACUUCUGGGCUGGGCUCCCCCCAAGCAUCAGUGCAGCCUAUGAGAGACGGGAUGGGAAGUUCGUGUUCUUCAAAGGUGACCGUCACUGGGUGUUCAAUGAGGCCGCCCUGGAACCCGGUUACCCCAGAGCCCUAAGGGAUAUGGGGCAGGGGGUGCCCAGCGACCGCCUGGAUGCUGCCCUACAAUGGCUGCCGAGCGGCACCACAUACCUGUUCCGGGGCAACAAGUACUAUAGGUUCAAUGAGGACACGCGCUCCGUGGACCCCGACUACCCCAAGAGCAUCGAGGUGUGGGGGGGGGUCCCCGAGGCCCCCAGUGGGGCAUUUAUGGGCCCCGAUGAUGCCGUCACCUACUUCUACAAGGCCGGCCGCUAUUGGCUGUUCGACAACCGCCUCCUCCGCGUGCCCCCGGGCUACCCCAAAUCCGCCCUCCGCGAUUGGCUGGGCUGCGACCGGCCCGACCAAUCAGAGCCCUCCCCUCCCGGAGGGGGCGGGGACAACGACGUCAUCGUCAUCGAGGUCGGCCCCGCCCCCUCGGCGCUGGCCACGCCCCUCGCGCUGCUGGGCGGGGCUGCUGCUAUCCUAUUGGCUGCAGUGCUGCUGUGCCGCCGCCGGGGGGCGCCCAAGAGGCUGCUGCGCUGCCAGCGCUCGCUGCUGCCCCGGGUCUGAGGACACGCCCCCCGGCGGGACAGGCCACGCCCCCUGCCCAUUCAUGUCAAUGGAAGCCACGCCCCCUUUCCCAUUCAUGCCAUGGGAGGCCAUGCUCCCCAUUCAUUCUAUUGGAGGCUAUUCUCCUUUCCCCAUUCAUUCUAUGAGGCCACGCCC